AUGGCAGAGGACCGGUUUCGUCAAUCGAGUCAUUUCCGUGAUUGGAUUUUUACGGAAGAGGGAUUACAGAAAAGAAGGAUAGAUGUUAAUCAAGAAUUUACAAAAGUUGUUCGUCAGCGACUUUUAGAAGACUUAGCUCUCCAAAAUAAAGAUGCUUCAGACAACGAUUUGCCCCCUACUCUAGAUCAAAACGAAGAAAUGGAGCUGGUUAAUUACUAUGCAUGCCAGUUAAAUGCUCUUUCGUCGACAAUGUCUUUGCCUACUCACAUUCGUGCUACAGCCACGCUUUUCUUUAAGAGGUUUUAUCUGACCAGUUCUGUUAUGGAAUAUAACCCAAAAAUUAUUUCAUUUACAUCAUUAUACCUAGCAACAAAAACGAAUGACCAUUAUCUACCAAUCGAGCAUUUCUGUAAAAAUCUUCCAAAAACUACACCCGAUCAAGUUCUGGAGUAUGAAUUCAAUGUCUGCCAAGCUUUGAAUUGGGAUUUGUUUAUAUGGCUUCCUUUCCGACCGCUUCAAGGUUUCCUCUUGGACUUUCAGGUUGCUAUUCCUGAAACUCCAGUGGAAACCUUAUUUGAAUGCCAUGACCAGACUAAAAGGUUUCUGGUCGAAACAUUACACUCAGACAUGUAUUUUUAUCAUUCUCCAAGUAUCAUUGCGCUAUCUGGAAUUUACCAUACAAAUCCUUCUCUUUGUAUCAAUUAUUUACAAGCGAAAUCCAUCAACUCGACGCAUGAUUUGAUUGUUUCUAUCUCUAGCGCGCUUGAUUCCACCAAAAAUGCAAGGUUGGAUCGAGAAAAAGCUAAAGACUGUGGAAAAAAACUUUACUUUUGUAUGGAUCCCUUAAAAAAAAAGAACAGCUCUUUAUAUCUAAAACGGAAGGCCAUGGAGGAAGAAACUUCAUUAGGUAAUAAGAAACAGAAAUUGAGUAAUUCAACCGAUCAGCUAGACGUGAAUCCUUUUGCAUAA